AUGCACGAGGACAAACGCCGCCGCCGCACGAGGGUCGCCCUGAUCCUGGUGCACGAGGAGCCGGUGCACGAGGCCAGCCCAGUCCCGGAGCCGUUGCACGAGGCCUCCUUGUUCCCAUCACACGAGGAGCCGGUGCACGAGGAGCCGUCGCACGAGGAGCCGUCGCACGAGGCCUCCCCGCCCCCGUUGCACGAGGAACUGUUGCACGAAGAGCCCUUGCACGAAGCCUCCCCGCUCCCGUUGCACGAGGAGCCCUUGCAUGAAAAGCCCUUGCACGAGGCCGCGCUGCUCCUGUUGCACGAGGAGCCCUUGCGCGAGGAGCCGUUGCACGAGGAGCCGUUGCACGAGGCCUCCCUGCUCCCGUUGCACGAGGAGCCCUUGCACGAGGAGCUGUUGCACGAGGCCUCCCCGCUCCCGUUGCACGAGGAGCCCUUGCACGAGGAGCCCUUGCACGAGGAGCUGUUGCACAAGGCCUCCCCACUCCCGUUGCAUGAGGAGCCCUUGCGCGAGGAGCCGUUGCACGAGGAGCCGUUGCACGAGGCCUCCCCGCUCCCGUUGCACGAGGAGCCCUUGCACGAGGAGCCGUUGCGUGAAGCCUCCUUGCUCCCCUUGCACGAGGCCCCUUUGCACAAGGCCCCUUUGCACGAGGCCUCCCCGCUCCCCUUGCACGAGGCGCCCUUGCACGAGGCGCCCUUGCACGAGGCGCCCUUGCACGAGGCCUCCCCGCUCCCCUCGCCGCCCUCGCGCUAG